AUGCCGUUGACUAAGACUACACCCCGGAAACCGGGAUUCUUGUGUUCAAUAUGCUUACUUCGCCUUCCCUCUCAGGACGAGUGGCGUAGCCAUCUUUUGGCUUGUGGCAUGGCUGACAUCAACAAAAGGAAGUUUGAGUGUGAGAUGUGUGAGCAGGCUUUCAGUAAGAAAACCGUGCUAACAAGACACAUGAAUAGAGUGCACUCCUGGAAAGAGUCAGAAGAAACAGUAGAGUCAGUGCCAGUGGAAAAAUCUCCAAGAAAGUCUCCUGAACGUGCAGAGGAGGAUUGGCAGGAAGAUCCGGGAGAGCUUAUUUUCGAGGAGACUGAUUUAGAGGUUGGAAGGACACAUAGAAAGAGGACUGCUCCAUGUCUACCAGGAGUGAAAAGACGAGCUGUAGUUACCAGAGAUUUAUCUGAGGCUGAAACAGACGGUGAGCAAAGGAGCAACGCGACAGCUACUCAAAAGGUGUCCUCAGAUAUCCAGCACUGUCCUUGCUGUAAAGGGAACUGUGUAACAACUGACGUCGGGACACAGACAGAGCUAAAGGUGGAUACAGCCAGGAACAAGAGUCACCAGAAAACAAUACGUGUUCUAAAGAAGUAUCAGAAGGAUGGUGAAUCAGUAGAAAGACUAGAAGAAGACAUUUGGUUUGACUGA